AUGACUGAUUUAACUCCAACUUUCAAAGAAAUGUUGACCAUUUUUGAUGAAGAUAAUCGUAAAAAUGGAGGUAUACAGAAGACUAUGGUCUCAAAGGCUGUUGAUACAACUGUAAAAAAAUACGAAUUGAAGGAUUCAUUCGUUAAAGAAUGUUAUGAAUUGUUAGAUUUUAUGCGUGAAUUGCGUAAAGUUCUGAAUAGUAUAAAGGCUGAUUAUUAUAAUGAAAAUGAUUUAAAUAUGACAGAAGCACAAAAAGAUGAUUUCGAUACAGAAUUUAGGUUACAAUUUCAGAAAUAUGUUCAAAAGUUUAAAAGUUUAGAGAAGUACGAAACUGAUCGACAGGCAUUGAUUGAGAAAACGAUAAUGAAUCCCCAUGGUAAAGUAAUGAAUGUAUUUAAAGGAAAUAAUUCUAAUCAAAAUAUAUUGAUAGAGUUCCAUAAAUCUAAUGAUAGGUUUAGAACAGGGGUUCUUCAAUCUUUGACUUUAUUCAUUGCAACCAUUUCUUCAGAAUUUGCUUCUAUGCAACAGAGACGAUUAACUCAACAACGGAAAUUUGAAAUGUUUGACCUUAACGAUAACCUAGGACUCAACGAUUCGCCAAUGAUGUCUCACGAACAAUUAGCAACACCACCUUCAAUACCAACAAAUCAAGGACAAACAGAUGUGACUGUAGAGGAACCAUUAAGCAUUACUGUUUCUCACUCUGCUGUAGAAAGUGUGCAACAAGAAGUUAAACAAUACGAGGAAACAAUGUCCAAACUAUCACAAGAACAGAUACAAUUGUUAGAAACAGAGCAUGAAGAAUUGCUAAAUGAAAAAAACGAACAAUUAAAGGCCGUAGAGAAGAUAAAUAAGACAAUUCUGGAUAUUGUGAGCAUUCAAAAUGAGCUUUCUACUCAUUUACAAAGCCAGUCUCAAGAUAUUAAUACAAUGCUUGAUAAUCAAGAUGAAAUUGAUAUUAAUAUCAAGAAAGGUAAUACCCAGUUAAAGAAAGCUAAAAAAUCAGCCAGUCGAACGGCAAAUAUGACAAAAUAUCUUGCAAUUUUGAUUGGUAUUCUAAUUCUAUUGAUAGAUUUUAUUAAUUAG